AUGGACAGUGACACUUCACUGCGAAUGAGCGGCUUUGGGACCCCUGUCAGAUUGGAUCGGAACUGUGGAGUAACACGCAAAUCUCACGGAGGAGGGCUCCUCCGGCUGAGCAGGUGCGGGUGGCAGCAGCAGGUGGUGGAGAAGAUGGCAGAGUGGUGGCUGCAGGCAGAUGAGACGACGGUGGCACAGCAGCAGCAGAUGGUGAAGCAGCGAGUGGAGAAGCUUCUGAAGCAGAGGAACACUUUGUAUGUGGGCAACCUCUUUAUCUACACCACCGAGGAGCAGGUGCACAAGCUGUUUUCUAAAAGUGGAGAUGUCACACGUAUCAUCAUUGGCCUGGACAAAACCAAGAAGACUGCUUGUGGGUUCUGCUUUGUCGAAUACUACACCUGUGCAGAUGCAGAGCAUGCCUUGCGCUUCAUUAAUGGCACACGGCUGGAUAACAGCAUCAUCAGGACAGACUGGGAUGCUUCAAGGAUGAAGGCAGUUCGGUCGUGGCAAAUCAGGAGGACAGCCUUUUUGGCCAGGGUGAAGGGAGCAUCUGCCAUCAAACAAGAAGACAGUUGCAGGUGA